CUCUUCUUCACACACCUAAUCUCUUCAUCUUCUUCAUCACAGUCAUAGUCUCUACAAACAGAUAGUUGACCUACAACAAGCCGAAUCGGUAUUGACCGACUUUAAAACACAUAGUACGUGUUUAUUAAUUUCGGUUAUACAAUAUCCAUAACAGAAGCCAAGUACGAUGUCUUGGGACGAUGGAUCGCACGCAAAAGUGAAGAAAGUGCAGCUUACGUUCGAUGACAUCAUUUACUCAAUCCAGGUCACGUACGAUGGAACCACCGCUCUUCAAUCCCAGCUUCGCGGCUCCGUUGGUCCCAAAUCUGCCGAGUUCAUUUUGGAUUCGGACGAGUACAUAACGGCCCUUUCCGCUUACGGCAAAACGAUUGGUACGCAAGAGGUUAUAACGGCGUUGACUUUCACGACAAACAAGAGAACUCUUGGACCUUACGGUAACAAAUCCGGUUUCCAGAUUUCUGCUCCGGAGGCAACCGGUAAACAGAUCGCUGGUUUCCUUGGCACCAGUGGCAAUGUUCUCAACUCCAUCGAUGUUCACUAUGCUCCCGUACCAACCAUUCCACCCCCUGUGAAGAAGCUGGAAGCAAAGGGUGGUGAGACUGGAGCUGUAUGGGACGAUGGUCAUCACGACGAUGUUAAAAAGGUUUACGUAGGACAAGGCCAAGAUGGUGUAGCAGCUGUCAAGUUUGAAUACAUUAAUGGUUCUGUGGUCGUCAUUGGAAUUGAACAUGGGAAAAGCACAAUGCUUGGAUUCGAAGAGUUUGAGCUUGAAACAGGUGAAUACAUAACAUCCAUGGAAGGAACCUACGACAAAAUCUUCGGGGCUGAUAGUGCUUUCGUGACAAUGCUUAUCUUCAAGACUACCAAAAACAAAACAUAUGGACCGUUUGGGCUUGAAGGUAGCACACAUUUUGAAUUCAAGCAGGUAGGUUUCAAGAUUUCUGGGUUCCAUGGACGGGCUGGUGACGCUAUCAAUGCUAUUGGAGUCUAUUUAGCUCCAUUAGGCAUCAUCCCUUUGACUCCUGCAACACCAUCCAAAAAGCUAGAAGCAUUUGGUAGUGAGGGAGGAACUCUAUGGGAUGAUGGUGUUUUCGACGGUGUGAGAAAAGUGUCUGUAGGACAAGCUCAAGAUGGUAUAGGAGUUGUUCAGUUUGUGUAUGAGAAAGGAUCUGAAGUUGUAGUAGGAAAAGAACGUGGGAAAACCACAUUGCUUGGAUUUGAAGAGUUGGAGCUUGACUAUCCAAGUGAAUACAUUACGGCAGUUGAAGGCACCUACUAUGUAAUCUUUGGGAGUGAAAGUCCAGUUAUAACUAUGCUUAGGUUCAAGACUAAUAAGCAACCCUCUAUUCCCUUUGGACUUGAAGCUGGCACACCCUUUGUACUCAAAGAGGAAGGCCACAAGAUCGUUGGCUUCCAUGGAAGAGCCGGUGAUCUGCUUCACCAAUUUGGCGCCCAUGUCCUGCCAAUCACCAACUAAUCAUCAUGGAAAUCUUAAAUAUCUUUUGAUGAUGGUUAAUUUAUAAACUUUGAAUAAGCUGAUUCUACUUUACUUGUUUCUUGUUGGUUUACUACUUCAGAUGUUUCAAGCUAAGUCUUGUCUGUGUUGUUUGUUCUGCCUUUGAUGGAUUUUUGUGAUCCAAUUAAAUAAAAGAAGUUUGUUCGAAGUA